CUGUGAGGGCGUCGUCAGGACCGGUAUAAAUGCAUCCGGUGGACCUUCCCGACCUCAGCAACCGCGUUAGCGACUCGUCGACUCGGUCGGUGUGAAAUCGCCUUGCGAGAGAAAUCGGAGAUGAGACCGGCGAUCCUCGUCCGCAGUGGCUCCUUCCUCGCCUCUCCGAGGAAGGACGGAUCGCACGAUUCUGGCUUUGACUCGUUCCUCCGGCAGAGUACGAGCUCCUUGCUUUCUCCGAGGUACCGGCCUACCGCCGCGCUCCACUUCCAAGCAGAAGGCGCGAGGAAAGGGCCCCUCCUUCGGCGCUGCAGAUCGGAGGCCGAUAUCGUCGGAUCGAACCGUCCCCAUCGUGCCGGCUUCCGGGCCCCGAUCCGAGUGCAGGUGGAGGAGGAUGAUGAACUGGGAGUGUCGGUGCCGAUGAGACGGCAGGCGUCGCUCGUCGGGCAGGAGCAGGUGGAGUACUCUGGCGAUGGCACUGGAAAAGGGAAGAACGUCGGCGGAUCAGGGAAGGGCGACGGCGAAAGUGGCAAUGGGGAUUCCAACAGGAGGAUCUCCGAUUAUUACCAGCAGAUGCUGCAGAUCGAUCCUUCCAACCCACUCCUCUUGAGGAACUACGGACGAUUCCUUCACGAGGUGGAAGGCGACGCGAAAGCUGCGGAGGGAUGCUACGGGCGGGCGAUCCUGGCGAGCCCGGGCGACGGCGAGGUGCUGUCUCUCUACGGGCAGCUGGUAUGGGAGACUCACAGGGACGAGGAGAGGGCGAAAGGCUACUUCGAGCGCGCUGUCCAGGCAUCCCCAAAUGACUGCUAUGUUCUUGGUUCGUAUGCCCAUUUCCUGUGGAACGCCGGGGAGGAGGAAGAUGAGGCAGGAACGGAGGAAUCCUCAGCAUUGGUGGAGGCGCUUUGACGAUGCUACGCCCGAGAUUAUAUAUGAUGGUAUGGAAUGUACAGAAGCAAUAAUAAUUUCUACUAAUAACAACUGUGUAACAUUCAUAUUGACGUAAUAAUUCUACUAUUCAGUGUUUGUUCA